AUGGGUUUGAUCAAAGACGUUAUUGGCUCAGCUCUAGGAGCCGACGAGCCCAAAAAUGGCUUUCGCAAUAAUAAUGGCUAUCGUUCUGCGUCGUCUCAAAGCCAGUAUCGUUCACGGCAUUCGUCAUCAGCUCAGCAGUACUCUUACGGAAGAGAACUUCCAAGAAGAAGCCCUGAUUAUAGCAACUACGAUGACAACAGUCGCCAGAAUCACUCCUACGGAAGAGAACUUCCAAGGAGAAACCCUGAUUAUUACAACUACGACGACAACGGUCGCCGCGGUUUUUAUCAGCAGGAUGAUGGAAUGUAUAGCAACGACAACAAAAACAACAACAAAAGCUAUGAUGACCCGCCUCCCUACUCGGUGCACCAAGGUCCAUCACCACAGGUAUACAACAAUGGGUACAACAAUGGGUACAACAAUGGACACUACUCACGAGCAAGUUCAAACAACAACUUCUUCCACCCCCUAGCUCUACCCCAGCUUUCCUACGGAAACGACCAACCUUUCCUUCGCGGAUACAGCAAUGAACUACAGCAGUACAAUAUCUCCCUUGACGAUUUCAUGCAAGCUUUGGACGCCAUCAACAUCGCCAUAAUACCGAAUCCGGAGAAUCAGAUCUUCCAAAAGGGAGCUAACAUUGCUGGGUUUUUCGUGCCUGGUGCUGCCUCGAUUGGUCUCAUGGCUGGUCAGCUCGGCGUUGGAAUUGGCGCGGCAGUAGGGCAUUCGAAUGGGAUUAAUAAAGUGCUAUCGAAAACCAAUCUCGAUAUUUUCGUGCCAAAUGGGCUUGAGAUAUGUAUCUGCAAGGCAAAGGACGUCGAUAACGAAGUCGGCAUCUCGUCAGAUGGAAGAGGACCAGGACAUGGUGCAGGCCCAGAAGACAGAAUCGCAUUCUAUGGAAAUCGCAUUGCGCGUCUUUCCACCGUGCUCCCACCACUCCAGAAGCACGGUGGCCGUUCAGACCCUCUGGCUAUGCUCGGCCAGACAUUUUCGAAUAGAGACAACGACCGAAAAAUGCGUCGAGCGCAGCGCAAAAUGGAAAAAGGGAAAACAGAGAAGUUCGAUGCUCUGGAGGUGGGGCUUCAAUGGGUUAUGGUUAGGCGAGCGUCGCCUGCUGCGCUGGACCAUUGGCAGCAGAUGUUGCAGAAGAGUGAUACUGCAUUGAGACAGGGGCAAUAG